AAAGUCCAAGCCCCUCCCAGUCUCACACACACACACACACACACACACUCACUCAUUCAGUCAGUGAGGGAGAAGCUCCAUUCCACUCCACUCUGCACACACACCCUCUGUCACACACAAACACACACACACACAGUCAAACUCUCAGUCAGUCGCUGCUGCUGCUAUCAUGAAGCCUACAUGGAUAGUUCUGCUGCUUGUGUCCUUCACAUUCCUUCACACAGAAACCCAAGAAAUCUCAGCUCCUUCCACAAAUGAACAGAUCAAUCCUACUAAACCCACACCAAGUACCAACGAUUCUGAAAAUCAGCCUACCACCACAGUAAAGUCUGAUGACGGUGCAUCCACAGCAAAAGCAGUCACAGAACCCCCCGUCAAAACUUCUGAAGUCAAGCCUACAGGAAAGGAGACAGUCAAUGGCUCAAGCAUAAAUGAUCAUGGAUCCAGUACACCAGUAUCAGCUUUGGAAGGGACGGCAAAAGCUGUUACAACAACAACAACAACAACAACAAAGACAAUGAAAACGAGCACUGUGCCUACUGCGCCUGGAUCUGUUCGAAAUGAUACAGGGAAUGACACGAGCGCAGGCCUGGGGGGUCAGGCCGCCCCUACUCAAGGAAAGGAUACAGUCAAUGGCUCAAGCAUAAAUGAUCAUGGAUCCAGUACGCCAGGAAAGGAUACAGUCAAUGGCUCAAGCAUAAAUGAUCAUGGAUCCAGUACGCCAGGGUCAGGAACGGACAGCAAGACAACAAAUAAGACGGAUGACACUAAGGGCCAGUCUCCGUCGGGACAAGGGGAGAAUGAUCUACAGAGUGGCCAAAAUGCGGAUGGGGAAACAAAGCAGCAGGAGACGGACCGCAGGAUCCUGUGGAUCUUGUUGCCUGUUCUGGGAGUGUUGGUGGCUGGGGUGCUCUUUGUCCUCAAGUUCAAAUGCAUGAAGGUGCAGGACCAUGCAGAGCCGACUGAGAACGGGACCGAAAAUGCCUCCUUCCAAAGAUCUGACAGCAACAAAGAUGGCGUCAUGCUCCUGGGGGUGAAGACAUCUGGUGGAGAGGAAAAUAGUAUGUCUCAAACAGACAGAAAUAUGGCAGCCAGAUAAGAUGGGCAGCAGACGGAACGCAAGAGACACACUGGUCAUCUCCUCCCUAACCACCACUGGUCGUCUCCUCCCUAACCACCACUGGGCAUCAUCCUCUCUUCCCUGGCAACGGAGUCAGCUCAGUAGUUAUAGCAAAGAAACGCUGAAGUGGGUUCAAUUAUAAAUCCAAUAUGACGUGGGGUAUUUCCUGUAAGUUAAGCCAGAGUA